GCGGCAAGCAGCAAGUUGGUGUGAGGCCGCCGUACCGUCCUGAUUUAGCUCCAGGAGGUUCCGUCCGUUGCGGUGUGUUGUGUGUGUUUUACUUGGAUGGGCGCUUAACUUUGUGAACAGUGCGCCGCCUUAAUUUGGAUACUCGGUUCCGGAUCCAGCGGUUCACCCAGCCGAACAUGCAACAUUUGAAACAAUACUUGAACUAAUCCACUGAGCUGAAUUUAAAGAUGCCUCAGUUUCUAGUCUUGUUCUACGCACUGUUCCUCUUCCAAUCGGCGGCGUCUCAGUCCAACUAUGCCGACCAAGCCAACAACAUCGAAUACCAAGGGAAAGGUCUUCCGGACCAGGCCACUUUGGACGGCAAAGUCACGAAACUAGAUGAUCUCAGCCCUGUAAUUUUCCUCAACCGUACAAAAGCCGCUCUUAACUGUGCCGCGGGCUCCAUGCAGAUAGAACUCAAAUUCAACGAUAAAUUCUACGGGAUAGCCUAUGCUGACUUUGACAGGAACUCGGCCUGUCAGGUCUACGGCAAAGGUGGCUACAGCUACAAGCUCGAGCUGCCGCUGAAGGGAUGCGGAACGAAGCAAGAUCCUCAACGUGUGUUCACUAACAACAUCGUAGUGAGGUUCCACCCCGGUUUAGAGAUCGACGGCGACGAAAUCAUCACCAUAGUGUGCCGAUACCCACCACCAGUGGCCCCCUUGCCAGACCCCCUGAUCGAGUUCAACAAACAACCCAUCGCACCCGCUCAAAUCCUCGAACCAGUACUGCGGCCCUUCCAAAUCCUCCUCAUCUUCUGCGGCAUCCUCUUCUUGUCGCUCCUCCUACUAGGUCUAGGAUGCUCCUACUACUGCCUCCGGCGACGCAACAUGACCGUCAUCCGAAAACACCCAUUCCCUUCGGUGGCCGACUCGGAAAUCACGAAACUCUCAGGCAGCUCUCUUGGAAACUUAUCCAUGUUCGAAGGCUUGAAGAUCCCCCGAGUCAACGCGCCAGUGGUGGCCGCCGCCGAAAGUAGUUCCGGCAGCGAAGGGCUGCUAAUCCCUUCGGAUUACCCCUCGGAGUCGCACUCGGAGGCGGAAGACGCUCGUUCACUGCCACCAUCGUCGGGUGGCAGCUACGAAAACCAGGCUUAUCUCCCUGAUAACACCAGUUUCUACAGCGAGGGGUAUGGACAAACCCAGGAACAACACAUUCACAACGCCACCGCGAUUGCGUCAACCGUACCGAGAUUGCCGUUGGCAGUACCGAAGGACCAACCCAAAUUUGAUGUCCAGGUUCGUGUGAAACGCGCGCCGCCGUCGCCGCCAAGCUUGAGCAUUUCGGAUACGGAGAGUUCUGUGGCCAGGACGGAGCGGAACUUGUCGACGAUUUUGGAACAAAGGGAGGAUAGUUUGAGGUCGUUCGAUUCUCCGUUGCCUGUGGAGAGGACUCAGUUUACUUACGUACCGGAGUUGCAUCCACCGCCUAGACACGUCCAACCAGCACCUACUUUCAACAGGAUUUUGCGAAGACAACAAGAGUUGCAGGAGGUGGAACCACCGAGGAUUCAACCCGCUAGGUCUAUAGCGUCGUUGAAUACGGAGAUGACGGAUACUCACUCCAUGACGGAGAUUAUCGAUGAUAGUCAUAGUAGGUUUGUGGCGCCUGCACCACCCCCGCCGCCGCCAAUCGUGCCAAGACAAGAGUACAUGGUUGAUAUGGGACCACCGACUCCGUUGGAACCACCAAUCGCGAUUGUGCACAAACCGGAAAUUACGUCUCACGUGGUGGAUGACGUUUUCCUACGCACGAUCACCGAGAAGAAGACCAUUGAAGAUAUAGAACGUCACAAGAGACUGAUCACUGAGUACCACACCCGUGCCAAACCGGUGGUUGAACAACACUGGGACGUUACUAUUAAGAACUACCCAAUGGAGAUGCCGGAACCACCAGACUGGGAGAACUUCUCUGAUAUUUCGUCAGCGUCUGGAAUGACUUUGACACCGAAACUCGAACGUGCCAAUUUGAGUCUGCCUCCGCAGAACACCAUCGACGAUAAUAAAUUGCCUUUGAACUCCCCAGAGCUCGUUGGAAGCAUCUCCCAGCACCCCGUUCCUCCAACUCCGGCGAAUUUCCUCUCCACUUUUAAUAUUCCGUUAGAAAACCCGCAAGUACCCAAUUGGAACGUCCUGAUUCGGGUUUUCCAACCCACCGAGAAUGAAGAAGGUCCAGUAAUUGAAAGUGCCGAAACUUUCAACUCGCAGCUCACCCUUUCUGAUAAGAUGAAGUGGCGCCAGAUUAUCACCACAGAGUCGACUCUUCGUACUCUUCUCACUGAAGCCGUAGUACGUGAGGACUUCGAACGAAUCCGACAAGACACCCGUUACGAGAAGCUUUUUGAACCCCAGAAGUGGGACGUGAUUAUUAGAAUCCUCACUCCUGUGGAUAAACCCAAGAGUCAGAGUCGCUUCCGCAAGAAGACUGACUGGGAUACUAGAAGUAGACGCAGUAGUUUACCGACUUUGUACGAGUACGACUCGGAUGGUGGUAGUUCCGUGCGUACUUUAACUCAAGAACCAAUUGUACACUCGUUGGUACCACUCAGAUCUAGGAAGACGAGUCGUUCGAGCUAUCGCAGCGAAGUCGAUUUGAGAUCCAUGUCUGAAAUGACUGUAGAUUUUGGACGACCGGAGGAUAGUCACUCGGAAAGUUCGAGCUACUAUCCGGGUACUGGAAGGUACUACGACGAUUCUGAGGUGGAAAUGGAGUACAAGAGCGCGUCUUCGCACCACCCGUCUUUAGCCAGAUCGCUGAGUCAACCCAGUCUGGCUAGAUCAGCUAGCGAGUUUACGGAACGGUGGAUAGCACCUUCACGGUACGACACCGCUAGUGAGUUCACGAGUCCAGAAGCUACCCCUAAGUCGCAGAGGAGUAGCAGGAUACAGCCGUUGCAUGUUCCCAGAGGAACGGGAGAGCACACGGCCAUGUGGCAAGCUAGUGCCAGCAGCCAGGUGACGCAACGACCUGGAAUGACCACACAAGUGGUGACUAAAGAGUUCCGGAGCGAGGCUUCCACGAGCUUCAUGGGAGCAAGAAAGAACUGGUUUGGGGAUAACGACAGUGAAGCUAGUUUCAAAUAAGGACUAACUUUCAUACUAAUUUAGUUCUAACUUAAUUAAUUAACUGCCCUGUUUUAUAUUUACAUGAAUACGUUUUUAUAAUUUUAGUAACUAGAAUGCUGUGAUAACGUCUGUAAGGUACGAUUUGGAUGAUGGUUUUUUUUUUUGAGGAAUUUUGACAAGGGCUUCGACCCGUUUGUCCACUUUUCCACGGGGCUUGUGGGGAACUGAACAAGUGGGUGCUUACUAAAUCUACGAUCUAGUUAUAAGUUUCUAAUUCAGGUACGAUUCGUACGCUCAAUUUCUUUGUGUGGUGGUGGGGUCGACGGGCUUCUGAUGCAAUCUACUUAACCUCGCUGUCAUUGUAAGUUAACUAGCUACUUAUUUUUAUAGAUUUUUUUUAUUUAAUGUAAACUUACAGGUGCUAUUACAUUUAUACGAAAUGUUUGUAACAUUUUUAUGAAAUAAAUUAAUUUAAUUAAUAAAGGCUUACACUACUA